GAUGACCAUCCACCGAUGCGCAGUGAAAAAAAAGUCUUAUCAUGUCCCACCAAAAUGGACCCCCCUUCCAGCACAUAUUAAAGAGAAUUUACCCAGGAGAAUUGUAUUCCAUCUGCGUUUACGCAUACCUUUACUGUUUAUGAUUGAAUAUUCCAUUGAAAGCCGGUAGGCUUGCCGCAAAAAUGAAUGUGUUACUUGUUGGUUCCCUGUUUGUCGUUUUUCUAUCUGUGGUGAAUGGAUUCAGUGAGAAAUUGAGUGGUGAAUCUAUUUUAUACGGAAUUUCCUUUCUGACUGAAAAUUACGCAAAGGAUAAUUUGACGGCAUGUAAUAAAGAACUUGAUGUUCUUUACAGGGCUGUGGAGGAACGACAUGUUUGGGCUUUAAAAGUGUUAGAUGCCAGCGGUCAGCCAGAACCAGGUUUUCUCUAUGGAAAUAAUUUGUGGCUUGGAUCUAGGACUCAUUGUCUGGACAUCCCCAACCAAAGGCCAUUGGAGAUAAACCAUCAGAAAGUAGCAUCUGCACCCCCAACAGAAUUUGACUACCCACCCUUUGAACUCAAGUUUGUUAAGGCUUUCCUCAAUCAUAACAACACCCUACAAUACCAUACACAAAUGCCGUUUGAUUUCACCAUUCAAGUGGGAGUAUGUGUUCCAAGAAGUUGCUCCAACAGAGACUUGUUCCAUUUAUUCAAGGAUUAUGUACAAGGGCGCUAUUUGAAUAUUCAACAAUUGUAUAAUUUGAACCUGAAAGUUGAAAGAGUGAAAACAUUGGAAGAAAAUGCUCUCUUUAUGUUAUCUUCACCGAAAUUUAUCUCUCUAAUGGUAAUUUUUGGCAUCAUGUUGAUACUGACAAUCCUAGGAACGACAUAUGAUAUGAAACGACAUUAUAGGAAUAAAAAAUACUUAUUAUCAUUUCAACAGAACAUUGGACAGAUGAAAGAAAAGACUGUUUCAGAAGUUGAACUAGUGAAAUCUUCCCAAGAAUCACUCAACACUGAAGAAUCCAAAAUUUGGGAAAUUCUGAGCUGUUUCUCGUUGUACACUAACGUAAAAACUUUGCUCACUGUUAAGUUAUCACCAAAUUCGAUCAAGUCCAUUCAUGGAAUCAGAUUUUUCGGUAUGUUAUGGGUGUGCACUAUACACUCCAUAUUUUUUCAAGCCGAUUAUGUCAGCAAUGUUCCAUAUGCAUAUAGAAUUUCUGAGGAAUUCGGUUCUCAAAUUAUGAGCAAUUCAACUUAUAGUGUGGAUACGUUCUUAUUCAUAAGUGGAUUUUUAUUGGCUUACUUAUACUACAAAUCGAAUAAAACGGAAGAUGUACCUGUUAAUUAUUCGAAGAAAAUUCAUGAAUUUGUCAUGAUGUGUUUGCACAGAGUCGUAAGAUUAACUCCUGCUUAUGCUAUUGUGAUAAUGAUAAGCGAUGUUCUGUACACCUAUUUGCGGAGGACAUCUUCACUGGAAAGUAGUGAACAACCAGAUGUGAUGUGUGCCAAAUAUUGGUGGAGAAACCUUUUAUAUAUCAAUAACUUAUAUCCUAGAAACGAAAUGUGCUUAAGCUGGUCUUGGUACUUAUCCUUAGAUACGCAGGCCUUCGCUAUAACAGCCUGUUUGAUUAUUGUUUCUUCGUUUGCUUUCAAGAUAGCCACAAUGAUUGUAUUUUUUUUGAUAUUGAGUAGCAUCAUUGCUACAUCAUAUAAAUCGUAUUCUAUUGGUUAUAUACCCACUAUGGAUGAACAAUUGAUCCACUUGGACGAUAUUUAUGACCUACCGUGGAAUAGGAUAGGACCCUAUCUCGUUGGGGCUAUUACUGGUUACCUACUGGUUAGAAAAUUGAAAUUCCAACUUCAAUUAGGAAAAUAUCAAAAAGCAGUUUUAUGGACUCUGUUUCCCUUACUAAAUUUAUGGAUACUUUUCGCUCUUUACACAAGACAGCUGUCCGUUGAAUUUUCAGCAGUUUACAUGGGAAUUUCCAGAACUCUUUGGGGUGUUGGAAUGGCAUGGUUUCUGAUAGCUUGUUGCACAGGAAAUGCAGAUACUAUCAACAAAUUCCUUUCAUUUAGAGGAUGGGUACCUCUCAGCAGACUGACAUUCUGCGCAUACCUAUUGAACCCUCUGGUUGCAAAUGCCAUGUAUAUGGGGGCUGAAGCCCCAAUGUAUGCGUCUAAAUCAGGAUUUGCUGUCAACGUUUUAGGAGUGACUUUUUCAACAUUUUUUUGGGCAUUUCUUGUUUCUAUUUUCUUCGAGUCGCCUUUCAUUAUCCUCAUGAAGAUUCUGAUGAAAGGUAAAGUAAGGAAAUCUAAGAGUGCGGAAAAUUCCAAUGUUCCUGAUAAACCCUGAGCAUAUUAUUAAUUUGGAACUGAAUCCUUCGAAGCUGUGAUGUAGUCUCAUGAGUUGAGCUCUAGUACCAUAAGUUUGCCAAGUUUUAUAUAUUCAACUACGGUUAUUAUUAUUAUGUUUUAAUAAUGUGGAAUAGAUUUUUUAAAUUUA